AUGGAGCAACUCCCCAGUGAACUGGUUCCCUUAUCAAUGCUGCAACAUGGGUCGUCUCAACAGGAGCUUUUUAACCUCUCCCUUGAUAACAUCCGCCGAGCUCUCUUCGGAUUCAAGAACGAUGACGCCGGCGAUGGUAGUGAUGCCUGCGACAGCCACGGCAACGGCAAUGAUGAAGUUGGUGACGACGUGGUUGAGAUCUAUGAGAGCUUGCUCAUCGAUUCGAGCGAGGUUUGGGUUGGUAGAAUGAUUGGAGAAGGUCGUCACUCCUUUGUCUAUGAAGGACUGUACGAUUCCAAGUCGGUCGCAGUGAAAAUCAUUCGGCCGUAUGGAGAAUCCAUGACUUAUCAGGAUUACAAGGAGAGAUUCAAAAGGGAGGUCAUGCUUCUCUCCAGGGCCACCCACCAAAACAUUGUGAAGUUCGUGGGAGCUAGCGUGCAACCAUUGAUGAUGAUUGUGACUGAGCUGAUGAGAGAUGGCAAUCUCCAAAAGCAUCUGAGCAGCAUUCGACCCCAGGUUCUGGAUCUGAAGCUCUCGAUUGGCUUCGCGCUGGACAUCGCCGGAGCCAUGGAGUACCUGCACGCCAACAACAUCAUCCACCGUGACCUCAAGCCGAGCAAUCUGCUCCUGACGGAGGACAAGAAGCAUCUCAAACUGGCAGAUUUCGGGCUGGCAAGAGAAGAAGUAACCGCUGAAAUGACCGGUGAAAUGGGCACCUACAGGUGGAUGGCCCCUGAGCUGUACAGCAUCGAACCGUGCCCGAGGGGAACGAGGAGGCACUACGAUCACAAGGCGGAUGUCUUCAGCUUCUCCCUGAUCCUGUGGGAGCUGCUCACCAACGAGACCCCGUUCCACGGGAGGACCACCAUACUUGCGGCCUAUGACGCAUGCCGGAACAUCAGGCCCAGUUUGGAGUCCAUUCCCCAGGAAAUCGUCCCUCUCCUGGAGUCCUGCUGGGCGCAGGACCCGAGGCUCCGCCCAGAGUUCACAGAAGUGACGGGCUUCCUCUUGGGUGUCCUUGACAAACUGGCCUCCAAGGCCGAGGCCGAGGCUGAGGCAGAGGCAGAGGCGGAGGCAGAGGCGGAGGCGGAACUGGCCAAGGAAGCUGCCGAGGAUAAGGGGCCGGAGGACAACGAGCAGGUGAUGAUCGUGGCCGAGCCGAAGGAGGGCCACAAGCGUAAGAAGAGCAGCUUCUUGCCGAGCGUUCGCGGCUGCUUCUACUAUGCCUGCACUUGUAAAGCGGCCAAGUGA